AGCUUUAUUUGCUUCAGUCACACUUUAGUCUGCUAGUAUCACAGUCUAUUGUAUUUUAAUGUUUACUAUGAGACUAAACGAACAAUCAUCGAAUUAUAUUUUUUAUAUUUACUUAUGAAUCAGAUUUUUAACACAAAUUCAUAAAUAUAUCAGGGAAGAAGGUGGAUAAAUCAGGUGGAAGACGAGUUAACAGCUUAUUUAUCGAAAAAAAAAUCUUCAUCAAAUUCAUUGGAUUAUUUAUUGAAAAUACGCAACUUGCAACAUGGAAACAAUAAGUGAUCCUUAUCCGAGACAUUUUUUCGACGAUGAUUCUAUAUUUAAUGUCUACAAUGAAGAAUCAAUAAACUUAUCAGCCGGUCCUGACUUGCUCCAAAACUGUGUAGAAAUUAUGAAAAAAGCCACAGAUCAUCGCUUGGCAAAAACUUAACAUGUUAAUGUGGUAGAUUUAGAUGAAUUUGAAAAAGUAAUUGUGGAAGAAAAACGCAAUGGUAAUUUUUUAACAAAUGAGCAAAAAAUAUUUUGAGCUAUGUUUUACACGAUUCCCACUUUUCAUAAUCCGAAUGGAUCAAUUUUACCACCGGAAAAUUGUAAGCGUCUUGUUGAAAUAGCACGAAAAAGUUUUAUAUUAAUAGCUUGUGACGAUGUAUAUAAUUUACUGUACUAUGGAGACGGUUUACCGCCACAUCGAUUAUUUUGCUAUGAUAAAUAAACGGACCCUGAGUAUAAAGGUGGCAAUAUUGUAAUGUCAAAUGGAUCGUUUUCAAAAAUUUUUUCUCCCGCACUUCGCUCUGGAUGGAUUGAAUGUAGUUCACGAAAUGCUAAAAUCUUUAGACUUUCAGGAAUCUUGUGGAAUGGUGGCGCAGUUAAUCAUUACAGUUAUUAAUCAGUUUCCGGUGUUGUUACAAGUUUAUUACAGCUAAAUCUUCAAGAUAAUUAUCUCGAUAAAUUAACUCAAAUAUAUAAGGAACGGCUAUCAAUAUUAUGUAAUGUAUUGGACUACUAUUUACCACGAUGCUGUUCAUAUAAAAGACCAGAAGGUGGUUACUUUGUAUGGAUUCAUUUUCCUUUAGAAAUAAAUGCCACUGAUUUUAUUCAAUGGUGUCAGAAAAAAUACAAAGUAUCCGCCAUACCAGAGAUACUAUUCUCAUAUUCAGGGAAAUCUCAUAAUUAUCUUCGACUUGGCAUAAGUUUUCAUAGAAAAGAAGUUUUAGAAACUGCUACAAAAGCACUUUGCGAAGCUCUUCUAAACUAUGUUAGAAAAAAUAUUGGCUGUAAAUGAACUAUACUAUAUAAAUGGACUAUAGUAUGGUAAUUUUCCAAGUGCAGUUAUGUUAAUGGUUAAUCAAUAUUACAAAAAAUAUAUUGUCUUGCAUGUAGUAAAACAAUCGAAUUAUAAAAUAGAACAGCGAUGUCAACUUCUUACUCUUUAUAA